CAUAGGACGUGGGUGAGAGGACCCUCACUGGACAUCUAUUAGUCCCUGCACCCAGGUUUGCUCAGUGCUACAUCUAGGCUUCUACAGGCCUGUGCUACACCCUGCCCUCAGGUGGCCCUGCAUCCUGUUCUUGAGGAAGUAUGGCACAUGCUAGAGAAGAAGCAGGGGACAACCAGUUGGUGUCUGGUCGGGAGCCAUCAUCACGCAUCAUCAGAGUGUGUGUGAAGACCCCACAGGACUGUCAGGAAUUUAUGCUGACAGAAAAUAGCCGUGUCUGCCACCUCAAGAAGCAAAUCUCUAAACGCCUUCACUGUGACAUCGAUCAACUCGUGCUCAUCUUCACUGGAAAGAUCCUUCGGGAUCAAGACAUACUGAGCCAGCGUGGCAUCCUUGAUGGCACUACUGUGCAUUUGGUGGUGAGGACCCCUUUGAAAGGGUCAGGUGGUCACGGAACUCUGCCCGACCCCACAGGCCACUGCACCAAUCGUUCUGGACCAUUGGCUGCUGGAGGGGCUAAGAUGUUAGGCAGGUUGGGCCGGCUAGCCCGGAGAGCACCUGAGCUGGCUGACAUCCUUGGCCAGUUGGCUCAACUCCUGAUGGCUUUACCUGAGGCUGGGGUGCAGUUCUUGGAAGACCCUCAAGUUCAAGGCCUGGAAAGUAAAAAAUCAGCCAAUAUUAGCCACUUUCCUGAAACUUCAAGGACAGCACAGAAAACUGAGCCAGCUCCCAAACCAGUGGAAAUGCUACAGAGCCCAGUACGGCAGCAGGAACUCCUACAGGCAGAAGAACCAGGAUUGGAGGCUUUGAAAGUAGUGCCAGGUGGUGAUAAUGCUCUGUGUCCGGUCUGCUCUAACAUCCAGCACCUCAUGGUCUCCACUCUGGUCCCUUUGUUUGCCUCCAAAGGCCACAUCCAAGGUUCUGAGCCCUGGAGAGGGGAGGCCAAUACUCAAAGCAGUACUAACAGCACCAUGGCCAUUCCCACCACCUCGGAACCUGCCAGACCACUGACACAAGAGAACAGUGCAAAAAUAGUUGCCCAGGCCAGGGCCAAGGCCUCAGAUAUGACAAAUUCAGGGUAUAGGACCAUGCUGGACUUAGGCCAGGAUUCUCCUUCCCAGAAGAGCCAUCAGCCCAUAGGAAAAUGCACUCUAACCAGCCGGUUGAGAUCCUCAGCCUCUGCAUUGCAUAAAGCCUUGCGUGUCCUGCAGCAGAAUCCAGCUUUGCUACACCAGUUGGCAACUGGCAGCCACCUGCGACAUCAUAUGCCACUACUUCCAAUCCUCACCAACCCACGAGCACUGCAGGCAUUGAUACAGAUAGAACAGGGCUUACAGAUACUGUCUAGGGAGGUGCCUGGACUGGCCCCCUGCUUAUGGAACAUAGGCAGACCACAUGGAGCUAGAGGAGCCCUUGAACCUAAGGGUGAAGGGCAGGAUCAUACAGCAGAUACUGGACGAUCCACCUUGGCUGUCCUUCAGCUUCUUCAUACACUGGCCAAUGUCUGCUCUGAGUCUGCCCAAUCCUCACUACCAUGCCCCCUCACUGAAGACCACUACCAGAAAGAACUGGAGCAGCUGAAGGCCAUGGGUUUUGGUGAUCACAAUGCCAAUCUGCAGGCCCUGAUGGGCACAGGUGGAGAUAUCUAUGCUGCCAUUGAGAGGCUGCUGGGGGUUGCUGCUGGCCCAGGUCCCUCCUGCUAA